CGCUAUGUUUUUUUCUUCCCAACAGACUAUUAAGUGACGACAUUUUCUCACUUUCACUAGCUGCCGUGUGUUGUGCAUUCAGCUUCAGGGCUCUAUCUAACUAGAUAUGUAGUUGGCUUCGUAUAUCUUCAUUCAGCGAAAACCCAUUUAUUCACUGAUGCUUAAGACAUUUCUAUCUAGAUAUUUUGCACUCUUUACCACACAUUCUGCGUCUAAGCUGAGGGCUCGCUCAAACAACGCAGGCAGCAAAACGAGCGCGCCUUUUCAGAAAGACCAUCCCGCGAGGCUAGAUCGGAGCCAAUCGCGUGAAACUACUCUGAAAUACUCGAGGACGUUUUGUUGACGCGUCAAAACGCUGUAACGUAAUUCGUCAAUCAUCUAUGUCAGUCAAACUCUGCCCUCGACGAUGAGAAGGAGGUAUCGGUUUGUCUGGAUAUCGCCAUUUAGCCUCGCGGAUAUCGCACACACGAGAUUGUCUAAUGUUGCAACGUAAAUGUGAUAACACGGUGUUGGCUUUUUUUGAGGACAUUCUAAAUGGCAUGUUCAAUCAGUUCGUGGUAAAUUGUGCUUUUUUUGUUGAUUGGCUUUCAUCGUCUGUAAUCACCACGGUAUACGUAGUCACUGAAUUAAGCAAAGACUAUUGUUUUGAACGAGCAAAUGAACGAUGGAUCUAAUCUCAAAGAAGAGAGCUACUUCUACAGUGUGGGUGCACUUUGGUUUAAAAGCGAACGAUAAAGGGGAGCCUGAAAAUAACGAGGAGGCCGUGUGCAGGCUGUGCCGAAGGAUAGUCCCGUGCAAAACGGGGAGCCCGACUAACCUGAGGUCACAUUUAAGGGUUCACCACGCUGAUGUGUUUUAUCAACUCAUGUAUGGUGGUGGUGGUGAUUCCACACAUCAGUCAUCAGAGCAGUCAGGUUCCGAACAGAGCCAGCACUACAAUGACAGCGGUGCCCAGGGCAACCACAGUGGGCAAAGCAGCUUCGGCGGUGCCCACGGCAACGUCGGUAGUGGCCCGGCUAACGACAGACCGCUCCACUUCAUCCCAGACACGGCGGUCCGGGGGGAGCCUUGGGCGGAAGGGGGCGACUGCCGGGCUGUGGGCUCCCUGCCCCCUUGUCUCAUGCUGCGCCGGGGGGGCAGUGGGCCUCUGCCCGGGGGAUCCACGGAGGAGGAGGAAGAAGAGGAGGUGGGGGUUUUCGCCAAGACCCUGUCGCUGGAGCAGGGGUGGACUUUUGGACCCUUCAUAGGAGAGUUAACACGAGGCCCGCUGACCUGCCUCAAAUACGCCUGGGCUAUCAAAGAAAAUGACUCCUACUAUUAUGUAGACGCCACAGAUGAAAACAAGUCAAACUGGAUGAGGUACGUGGCGUGUGCUGCCUGUGAAGAGGAGCACAACCUCACUGUGAUCCAGUACCGCGGUCAGAUCUACUACAGGGUCUCCCAGGCCAUCCCGGAGGGGACGGAACUCAAGGUCUGGAUUGGCCAGGAAUACGCCGCCAUGUUGGGGCUGGGGCUAGGUGAGCACAUCAAGUGUGAAUUCGGGGAUAAGGAAAUCCUCCUGCAGAUCUUCCGUGACAUCCAGGUUGUGCCGGUGGGAGGAGACAGCCGCCCAGACCCCAACGGCUCCUACAGCUGGUCAGACAACAGCCAAUCGGGGAGCCCCUUGCUUGUUAUUAGCGACGUCAGCAGCGGGCUACCCGCCGAUGCAAAUUAUUCUACAUUCAGCACUGCCCCAGCCGCGCAUCAAAACGCCAAUCAGAGGGGCCUAUCGGUCAACUUCAGGUAUGACUUUGUGAAAGGCUCCGACAAACUGUUGAGCCCCUCUCAGAACAACGGCCUCAUAUGGGAGUUCUUCGGGUUCGAGCCGGACGCCAGCGGCCAGCCAUUGGACAAAGACAAAGUCAUGUGCAAGCUGUGCGGCCAGCAUGUGGACUAUAGAGGUACAGUCGCCCACCUGGAAAAUCACCUGAUCCAGACCCACCACAUGAAGCGCAGAGACGUCGCCAAGGACGGCAACAAGCCCUGGGUUUCCACCUCGCGCCUCCGGCCGUACCACCCCGCGGUCGGCAGACCGCCGCUGCUCAACCACCCAUCAACACACAGAACCAGCAGCAACGGGGAUGAGGACUGGACCUGGAGUGGGAGUGGACGAUCCGCAGCGGCUGGCGCUAUCACAUCGGGUCCAGCCUGCAUUGGGACACAGGGACACAGCAUGCGCACUCACACCUUGACCUCCCAGACCACUAAUGCCAUUGCUGACUUCCUUGUGAGAGACUUGUUGCCCCUGGAUAUUGUGGAGGGGGAGGGCUUUAAACAGCUGAUCCAGACCCUACUGCCUUCCUGCAAGGAAUUUCCCUCGGCCUCUCUACUCGAGGACCUGCUGAGGGACAUCCACUCCAAGGGGAGAAAGAACUGCGCCAGGCAGUUGACAAAUAGCACCGGGUUGAGUGAAGACACUUUCGUGCCCACUGCUCCAGGACAACCCACGCCCAGUUCCUCCUUAACCAGGAUACCUGCUGGUUCAUACUUAGGGAGACGGAGCCAAGUCCCUCACCGUGUAGCCAUUAGUGCUGAAGUCUGGCGUCAUGACUGGCAUGGCAACAAGGGGAGAUGGACCACCAUUUGGGCCCAUUACAUUGACGCUGACUUCCGUUCCCACAACCUGGCUCUGGCCACGCAACGUCUGGGUGAGACUGGAACCGGGGACAUUGACCCGAGCACGGUCGAGGCUAAGGUGUUGUCCGUGGCUCAGGAGUGGGGCGUCUCGCUGCCGAGUUUCGUCCUGCUCGGGGGGGAAGACAUCGAAAAGACCAAGGCGGGUCCGAAGAAGAAAAGCGGCGAAGGGGUUGGAGAAGGCACCCACCAUCCGAACUCCACCACCUUCUUGGAGAGGGAGGACUCUGUAUCUUCAGAUGAUCUCUCGGGUCUGGAACGAGCCAUCGAGCGAGCCAACUCCACCCAUAAGGAGUCACGGUCUCCAACCAUACCCUGUUUCUUCACAUCUGUUCAGGCCUGCGUGGAGGAAGUCAUGGGCCAUUCCAUCAUCUCAAAAACCCUCUGCAUAUUCCAGAAAGUUCUCUACAGCUUCUUCUCCCUCUACGACAAAGACACGGAAAAACUUCACCCAGCCAAGAAGCUGAUCCUAGUCCUACAGAAGCAGGAGCGUAACGAGCUGAGGGCUUGGGCUUUUGGUAAACCAAGCUGGAAUGGUCUUUACAAUGUAGUUAAGACCCUCCUUCGCUAUCAGAACAUGAUCUCUGAGCUGUUGAAAGAAAUUAGUGAAUGCAGUGAGAUCCAAAGUGGACAAGACACAUCAAGUCCCAUAUCCUUGGAUUCAGGCAAAACUGCUCCUUUGAAAUCAGUGGAUGGCCUUGACACAAACUCCACUUCCACUGGCCGCACUAACGCCGAACCUGGGAGCUCAAACUCCUCUGUGCCCGUCCCUCUCAAGCGGUCAGACUGGAAGGUGUUGGAGGACCUUUGCUCUGUGCUGAAGCCUCUGGACGUGGCCUGCCGGACCCUGGCCAAGGAACCGUUCCCCAGGCUCUCACUGGUCAAACCCAUCCUCACCGGACUGGUGGACCGGCAUUUCGCUUCCCACCCCCGCCAUCGCAACGACUCCGCCCUCUUGAAGGAACUCAAAAAGAAGAUACGGUGUGGUCUAGCCUGCCGGUACAACAAUCCCCAAAUCAACCAGGAAUUGUGCAUAGCAUGUGCCCUGGACCCCCAGUUCCUUGGCUUGGGCUUCAUGGAUGUCAGAGAUCAGACAGCAACCUUUGUCUGGCUGAAGAAGGAAGCAGUCCGGAUCGUAGAGGAGGACCUACGGAGGGCUGAGGCCGCAUCUCGGGGAGGAAUGAAGCACAAGAGGAAGAAGAAGGGCUCCUCUUCAACCACCUCUUCAUCAGGAGAGAUGGACAGCGAGGUCCUGAGAAGGAGUAAGAGGCUAAAGGAGAUCACCCCGGUCAGUUUCAGGGAGAAAACGGCAAGCGAUUCAGACGAGAGCUCCGCGAACGACGACAGCGAGAGUGACAACAUGGAACCGGACUCGGAACCGGCCUCCCAGCAAACUGGAAUGGAGUUCCUGCUCGGCGAUCUGUUCAGCUCCCAGUCACAGAGCAAGCAGCCAUCGGCGGAGGAACGGGUGGACGUCGAGGUGUCCAUCUUCAGAGCGGAGAAGGGGCCUGCCCUGGGUGUGGAGCCUUUACAGUGGUGGAAUGCCAGAUCAGGACAGCUUCCCCUGCUGGCCAAGUUGGCACGUGUCUACCUGGCCGCUCCUGCCAUCGCGGGCAGUGCUGUCCAAGCGUUCCUGCAGGAGGGACUGACGUUGCACAGGAAAAGAACCAACAUCCCCCCGGAGGGACUUGAUCAGAUGCUAUUCCUGCAUCAUAACGGUCUGUCUGUGACCAUAUAGGAUCAUACAGCGGUCUGAAAUGGGGGGGAAGAACUCAUGUCAAUUGUAUGCUUUAUGGAACACACACACACACUACUGGAGUAUGAAAGAUGGAUUUUGUGAACACUCACUGUUCAAGCUAUCAAAUUGUAAUGACUUAAUUAAGAAGUUGGACUGUUUAACAUGUGGAAUUGCAGCAGAUAGCCUAACGGUUUUGAGGUAAUGGGUUAGCAAAGGAAAGGUCGGUUAACUGUUUUUGUUGUGCCUUUGAGCAAAGUGAUUGUGUUGAGUUUGCUGACACUCCAGAGAUGAGCGUCUGCUGAAUGACUGAUGGGUAAGUGUUAUUCUUCUGUGUUUUCAGAAUGUAGGUAUGAGAUGAACUCAAAGAGAAGUGCUUUCCAGGUAGUGCCUUAGCAUUUUUUUGAACCCUUUGCCUAACUAAAGAGAACAUUCUGUAUUUUUACUCUGUGUAUUUAGGCCACCUGAUAGUUUGUGUUGAAGCAAAUUAAUUAUGCCAAGUCUGAGAUGGGGCUCUCGUUACACUAAUGAACCUCUUCAUUUCCGUUUCAGGAUACUAUAGCUUUAUUUAAUUUUUUAUUCUGGACACAUUCUAUGUACAUGUUAAUGAAUUGGGCUUAAGCAGCAGGGUUUUAUUUUCGCCGUCAGUAGGAUCAAUUUACCCAAACCACUUCGCCCUCUCCCACGGGACGGUUCGGGGUAGUCAAACGGACCGUCGUAUUUGCCAAAACGCAUUGCCGGGGUCUGGUGAACGAUGAGUAGAUUGGGGGAUCGUAAAUGAUCCCCCGCAGAAAUAUGGCUACUUAAGUGAAGGUUUGGCAUGAUAACCGGGAAUGCUGUUGGACUGGGAAGAUAUGUGGGUGUUUGAGUCCCCCCAAACCAUUGAAGUGGUGGAACGUGUGAGCCCUGUCUGGAAAGCAAUAUGAACCUAUGGUCUUUUCGAGUAAGUUCUGUUGCUUGAUUGUGUUAACAGAGUAUAUGAAUAUGGUAUAAAACAACAUGUGGUAGUUGAAACAAACAUUUAGCUUUAUUUGUUCUGUGGAGAAAAUUGUGGAUCAGUCAUUUAUUAAGGACAAGAUAAACUGUAGUAUACCAAUUCAACUUCAUAGAAUUGUUUGCAAUUGUUUAAGCAUUUGACAUUUUAGUUUAGUGAACUAACGUGAUCAGUUCGGUCCUUUCUGCAUGUUAAAAUAUAUUUUGUAUUUAACAAUUCCGUAUGUAUAUAAAAAAUAACAUUUAUCUCUGCAUAUGUUCUGCCAAUGCAUGUUAUUUUCUUUUGUCAGUAAACAUUGUUGAGAAACGGG